CGAAGAUGCACCGGCUCUGCAUCGUCCUCUUCUGCUGUUUCGUGCUCCUGAUCCAUGGGCGGCUGCCGAGAUCCAUCCAGCGCACUCCUGCACAUGCAGCAGCAAUCAACCAGCUGCGGCCGAGGCAAGCGGCUGACCAUGACGAUGCGGCUUUUGUUUUCCCUGCAGCUGCCGGCUGCGCACCGAGGAACGGCCCGUCAUGUCGGUACAUCAGCCCCUUUCCACCCCGUCAUCGGCCGUCAACGGCGCUGUCCGACAGCGAGUCGUCAGUGUCCCCCACCCCAGUGGCCGUCAAGGCAUCUACCCCGCCUCAAUCGGUCUCCCCGCUGGCGCUGGUCUACAUGGCGAUGAUGCUGGGCUCGUGGCUGGGAGGGGCCUAUCUGUUGCAGGGGCUGCAGACAGCCACGGGAGCUGCAUCGACCUUCCAGCGUCCCUUCUUCCUCACCUGGGUCACUCAGGUGGCCUUCAGUGGCAUGCUCGUCCUGCAAAAGCUCCGGACGAGGGGCGAGGGAAGUGUGGCUGCCGCUGAUGAUCGGCCGUUGACGACUGAGGAGAGGGUGGGGAGGCUGCUGCUGGUGCCGAGGCGAGUGGUGAGGCAAGUGCGGCUGGGUCGGCUGGUGACCCUCUCCUCCAUUCUGUUGCUGUACCGGUGGCUGUGGACGCUGAGCCUUCAGGAGACCGCUGUGUCCCUCAACACAGCCCUGUUCAACAGCCACGUCUUCAUGGUGUUUCUGCUGUCGGCGAUCUUCCUCAACGAGCGAGUGACGGCUGUCAAGCUGCUCGCCGUUGUGUGUGGGUCUCUUGGUGUGCUAUACAUGACUGGCCUGAAGGGGGUCUUGGGCGCCCUCCUUCCAUUUGGCGCACGUGCUGCUGGCGCUGGUGCCUCGAUCGGCAGCUGCAGCCUUCGUGGCUGCCUGCUGACGAUUUUGUCCGCUGUGGCCUACUCCGUCUAUGCGAGUGAGAGGAGGACACCGAUUGCAGUGUGCAGCGACGGUCAUGUGAUGGAUCUUUCUCUUGCUGUGCUCUGUGUGUGUGUGUGCAGUUGCGUACAAGCAGUGGGUGCCGGCCGAAUUGACGCUAGAUGUGGUCGCAGGACAAGGCACAACGGUACGCCAACACACGAUGGAUGCACACAAGAUAUCUGGCCAUCCGACACACAUGUGCAUGUGCUGUCUGCCGUUUGGUAACCAGGCCUUGACUGCGCUCCCCCUGUUCCCCCUCCUCCACGCGACGUCAGUAGAGCGACUGGCCCUUCCACCGAUUCCCUCCCUCAUGCCCUUGGCAGCCCUGGCCGUCGGGGGACUGGCAUAUUAUCUGUUUUACUCCCUGGCUCUCAGUCAGGCGUCGCCCUUGUUCGUGGCCAUAGGCCAGAUGCUGAUACUUCCUGUUGCAGCUCUCAUUGACACGUGUGUCAAGGAUGUGAGGCCGUCCAGUGAUGAGCUGAUCGGUGCUGGCUUGAUAUUGCUGGCUUUUGGGGGUCUGGCCGGGGGAGGGAAGGGGAAGAAAGAAGAUUAGACGGGCAGAGGGAGAUGCAGAGGGGGAGGGAGAGGGAGAGGGAGGAGAGUGACAGUUUUCGGCAUGUGAGGCGAGAGUAGGAGGCUUUUUCGGUAGAUAGUGUGAGUGAGAGAGGCAGUCCAUUUAUGUGCCGUGGAGACAUGCGUCCAUGCAGCCAUUUCUUGUCGUUCUCGAAGUGCGAAGUGGAAAUGAGGCGACUGAGAAAGUGACCAUGAAUCGAACGAACCAAGGAACUGUCACACAUGUCAACGAGACACAUUGCG